CGAGCGCCCGGCGCCGGCCAGGACGCCCGCCGCCGCCUGCGCUGCGCCCGGCCGGUGAAGCCCAGGGACCCCUCUGGGAGAGCCCCAUGAGGGCAGGAGAGUGAUGGAGAGUACGCCCAUCUUCCUGAAGGACAUCCCAGCUUGGCAGAAGACAGCCUCUGAGAACGGCACCGUGGGACAGGAGCUGGGUACCCCACAGCAGGAUGACCUGCGCCAUGGGGCGCUGUGCCUGGAAGAGCCUGUUCCCUUCUGGAGGGGUGUCCUGAGCACUCCAGACUCCUGGCUUCCCCCUGGUUUCCCUCAGGGUCCCAAGGAUGUACUCCCACUGGUGGAGGGCGAGGGACCUCAGAAUGGGGAGAGGAAGGCCAGCUGGCUGGGCAGCAAGGAGGGGCUGUGUUGGAAAGAAGCAAUGCUUGCCCAUCCUCUGGCAUUCUGUGGGCCAGCAUGCCCGCCUCGCUAUGGCCCCCUGAUUCCUGAGCAUAGUGGUGGCCAUCCCAAGAGUGACUCUGGAGCCUUCCGGUCCUUGCACUGCCCCUUCCUUCUGGAGACCAAGAUCCUGGAGCGAACUCCUUUCUGGGUGCCCACCUGCUUACCACCUUACCUAGUAUCUGGUCUGCCCCCAGAGCGUCCAUGUGACUGGCCCCUGGCACCGUACCCUUGGGUAUACUCAGCGGGCCAGCCCAAAGUGCCCUCUGCCUUCAGCCUAGGCAGCAAGGGCUUUUACCACAAGGAUCCAAGCAUUCUCAGGCUGGCAAAGGAGCCAUUGGCAUCUGCAGAAGCUGGGUUGUUGGGCUUAGCCCCUGGUGGGCACCUCCAGAGAGCAGGGGAGUUAGAACGCCCUUUGCUCCACCAGAGAGAUGGAGAGACAGGAGCUAGCAAACAUCAGAAUCUCUGCCCACUUUUCCUGGGGCGUCCAGACUCUGCUCCCCAGACCCCCUGGCCCGCUUGUCCCCCAAGCCUGGUUCACACUCUUGGAAGUGUCUGGGCUGUACCAGGGAGUGGGAGCCAGCUGGAACCAACAGCCACAUCACAGUGCUCCUCUCCUGGGCCUCCUACCGCCCAGGCGGGCUGUUGCUCAUCUCACCCACCCGAGAGAGAUGGGAGCCUUGGCCCUUGUGGGAAAUGCCAAGAGGGCCUAGAUGGGGGCACCAGUGGGGCAAGCGAAUCCAGUGAUGAAGUGAACAAGCCCCCUGACCCCAGGGCCUGCCUGCCCAGCCACCACACCAAGCUGAAGAAGACAUGGCUCACACGACACUCUGAGCAGUUUGGGUGCCCAGGUGGUUGCCCUGGGGACGAGGAGAGCCCAGCUGGCCAGCUCCGGGCCCUCAAGAGGGCAGGCAGCCCUGAGGUCCAGGGAGCAGAGGGCAGCCCAGCCCCCAAGCGCCCACCUGACCCUAUCCCAGGCAGCACGGGGCAGGGGGCCAGAGAUUGGCAGGAAGUGCUGAACUCAUCAAUAGGGAACAAGGCGGAGGCAGAACAGCGUGAUGACCAGAGAGGAACCCGAGAUGGCAGGGCCAGCCUUCAGGAUGAGGGGCUUCAGGAUGUACCUUGCCCAGCUCACCUGGCAGGCGUCUCUCAAUGCCAAGGCUGUGCUCAGGCAGCUGGAGAGGUGGGAGGGCUGGCCUGCCACUCCCAGCACGCAAAGAGAUUGUCUCGGGGAGGGGAAAAGCAGCCAGAGGAGGACUCAGCAGCCAGCUCCCAGGAGGGAGGAGGUUCUGGCCCAGAGGUGCAGCUCAGCAUGGGCCUCGCCAAGCACCUGCUAAGUGGUUUGGGGGACCGAUUGUGCCGCCUGCUGCGAAGGGAGCGGGAGGCCCUGGCCUGGGCACAGCGGGAAGGCCAGGGGCCAGCUGCUACCGAGGAUGACCCACGUAUUCUGCGCAGCUGCAGCCGUUGCCAACAUGGACUCUUCAACACCCACUGGAGAUGCCCCCACUGCAGCCAUCGGCUCUGUGUUGCCUGUGGUCGCAUGGUGGGCGCUGGGAGGGCCAGGGAGAAAGCAGGCUCUCAGGAACAGUCCACAGAGGAGUGUGCCCAGGAGGCUGGGCACAGUGCCUGUUCCUUGAGGCUGACCCAGAUUGUCUCUAGCCAGGUUUUGGCAGAACUGAGCACUGCAAUGCACCAGGUCUGGGUCAAGUUUGACAUUCGCGGGCACUGCCCCUGCCAAGCUGAUGCCCGGGUGUGGGCUCCUGGAGAUGGGGGCCAGCAGAAGGAGCCACCAGAAAAAACUCCCCCAACUCCACAACCUUCCUGCAACAGGAAUACCAACAGGACCAAGGACAUGAAAGAGGCAGAGAUCCCAGACUCCACAGAGACACCAGCAGAGGACCGCUCAGGCCGAGGGCCCCUGCCUUGUCCAUCUCUCUGUGAACUGCUGGCCUCCACUGCUGUCAAACUCUGCCUGGGGCACGAUCGGAUACACAUGGCCUUUGCCCCUGUCACUCCGGCCCUGCCUAGCGAUGACCGCAUCACCAACAUCCUGGACAGCAUCAUUGCACAAGUAGUGGAGCGGAAGAUCCAGGAGAAAGCCCUGGGGCCGGGGCUGCGGGCUGGACCCGGCCUGCGCAAGGGCCUGGGCCUGCCCCUCUCGCCAGUACAGCCCAGGCUACCUACCCCUGGGGCUUUGCUGUGGCUUCAGGAGCCCAGGCCUCACCGUGGCUUUCACCUUUUCCAGGAGCACUGGAGGCAGGGCCAGCCCGUGUUGGUGUCAGGGAUUCAGAGGACAUUGCGAGGCAACCUUUGGGGGAUGGAAGCUCUUGGGGCACUUGGAGGACAGGUGCAGGCGCUGACACCCCUCGGGCCUCCCCAGCCCACAAGCCUAGGCAGCACAACAUUCUGGGAGGGAUUCUCCCGGCCUGAGAUUCGCCCGAAGUCAGAUGAGGGCUCUCUCCUCCUGCUGCGCAGAGCUCUGGGGGAGAAAGACACCAGCAGGGUGGAGAACCUGGCUGCCAGCCUGCCACUCCCAGAGUACUGUGCCUGCCAUGGAAAACUCAACCUGGCUUCCUACCUCCCACCGGGCCCUGCCCUGCGUCCACUGGAGCCCCAGCUCUGGGCAGCCUAUGGUGUGAGCCCACACCGUGGACAUCUGGGGACCAAGAACCUAUCUGUGGAGGUGACUGACCUGGUCAGUAUCCUGGUAUACGCUGAAGCACCACUGCCGGCCUGGCACCGGCCACAGAAAGACUUCCUCACAGGCCUGGAUGGGGAGGGGCUGUGGUCUCCAGGCAGCCAGGUCAGCAUCGUGUGGCAUGUGUUCCGAGCACAGGACACUCAGCGCAUCCGCCGCUUUCUCCAGAUGGUGUGCCCUGCUGGGGCAGGCACCCUGGAGCCCGGAACCCAGGGCAGCUGUUAUCUGGAUGCGGGGCUGCGGCGGCGCCUGAGGGAGGAGUGGGGUGUAAGCUGCUGGACCCUGCUGCAGGCCCCCGGAGAGGCCGUGCUGGUCCCCGCAGGGGCUCCCCACCAGGUGCAGGGCCUGGUUAGUACAAUCAGUGUCACUCAGCACUUCCUGUCCCCUGAGACAUCGGCCCUCUCUGCUCAGCUCUGCCACCAGGGACCCAGCCUGUCCCCUGACCACCGCCUGCUUUAUGCCCAGAUGGACUGGGCCGUGUUCCAAGCAGUGAAGGUGGCUGUGGGAACAUUACAAGAGGCUAAAUAGGGUGACCUCAGGUGUCUGGGGACAGGGGCAAGGAAUAGGUAGACCAGGUGCUCAGCCAGGCCACAGCUUCAGCAGGAAGAGAUGCUCGGGGAUUUGGGGACUUUUGGUUAAUCCCACAAACACCACUCUGGGUAUAAACAGAUUGCCCCAUUCCAUGCCCCUGCCCUGGGCACUAAAGCCAACAACCAUAGUGCUACCAAAGCUCCCACCUGCCCUUUGUGAGGCUGGCAUCUCCUCUGCCCCAUGCCCCGCUUCAUGAUACUGGGCCCACCAACCCAGGAGAAAAAGAGCCCUUCCUUGGGGGACCUUGGGAAUCCUUCUGGCUUUAGCAAUACCUCCUUCCGCUGCCUCAUCACCUUCUGCCCCCACCCAUGCCCUGAGCUCUGUUCACACCACCCUCAUCCUCCCUGGGCCCUGGGCAACCCUUUGCACUGCAGGCAUUGCUGGGCAAGGGGCCCUUGAAAUCUGCCCUCUCACUGGAGAGCUGUGAAGUGUGGGGAAGGGAUGGGACCAGGGGACUGCCCGGGCUUGGCUGGAGGGAGUGAUUGGGGCGAUGCCACCCUGCCUGUGCUCCUCCCUCCCUCCGUCCUCUCUCCUUUGAGAUUUCCAUUAAAGUCUGUUGUUCUGUGAACGCUGCCAGUGUGGUUGGCACUGCUCAUGCAGGCCACGUGGUCUGGGGAGGGAGAGGAGACAUGGAAAUUUGCUCAGGAGCAGGGGCAAAUGGAGUGGGUGGGUGGGAAGCUGGGGCCGGGGUAACAGGGACCGGCAGCACCUCUGCCUGCUCUUUUCCUGGGGGCCCAGGUCCCUGGCUCUCACUGAGAAGAUAAAGCCUUCUAUGUGGCUGCCCCCCAAAGAUGGCUCCUGACAGACACAGCAUUGAGGCAGAGCCCUGGGGCAGAACAGCACUGCUUCCCUGGGCAGCAAUGGCCCGCAGAGACCCUGGAUCUGCAACCCUCUCUGCAAACCCCAGGCCCCAGCCACCCACCUCUCCUGUCUGACCUGAGGUAGAGAUCCAUGCAUGUGGCCCAGAGGAGCCCUUGCCCAGCGGGUCAGCCCUGAGUGCCUCAGACAGCUGACUGCCCCCCACUUCCCUCUGGUGUGACUCUGCCCCUCCACCCCUCUGCUUGUAUAUCUCAGCCCCAUACAUGCGCCAAGUAUUGUUGUACCUGAUUGUUUCUGUGGUGGUUAGGGGAAUUUUUUUAUUAAAUAAUUUUUUUUUAAACGUUAAUAUACUUUCAGAAAAAUUACAAAAUAAGAAAAAGCCACCUGUAAACCCAUCCCUACCUGCUCUAGGCUGAACCACUAUUAGUAUUUUGGUAUGUUUCCUUUUGGUAUUUUCCACAAGGUUUUGUACUUGGUUUCUGUCUUUUAACAUUGUAUUAUAGACAUUGUCCAAGUUGCUACCAAACCUUCAUUGAAAUGUCCCAUUAUAUCCCAUUAAGUGGUUUUGCCAUGAUUUAUGUAACCAUCCCCCCCUCUUUUUUUUAAUUUAGAUUUCUUCAUUGUUCAGA